GUGUCACCCGCGAACACACUACUGCCGCUUCCUCGUUGUGGCGUGUUAAUGAUACCUACUAGUGUUUGGUGAAACAGCUAAGAAAAAGAGAAUGUUAGUGUACUGUGGGAAUGUCCCUAACGGAUGUUCCAAGUUCUUGAAAUUACUGUAGGUGUGUAACCAGAGUUAGCCUCAUACCGCCUCCUGUAACUACUGUACAGGACCUGAGUGAAUACCAGAGUGAUCUACUGAUCCUGGGGUCACAAGAUAGGCCCAGAAGCCAUGACAAGGUUGCCUUUCCAUCGAAGAUAUUUUCAUUAUGUGAAAGGUUAUGCUUGUGACAAUGGCAGUGUCAGAUCAAGAGAUUGAUCAGCUGUAUGCAGCGCGAUAUAGGUUGGAUCAGCUUUUUCAAAACAGUCCUGAAUUUCAGGACAGCCUUGAGAACAGCAGUACUGCCAACUCUCCAUCGAAAAUAUCAGGUAGAUCCCACAGGUCCGAAAGGUCUCACAGAUCUGAACGAUCCCACAGGUCGCACAGACCCCGUGACCAGACCGGAACCUCCCGCCAGAAAGGUGAACACCAUCUUUCCAUUGAUCACCAAUCUUCCAGAUCAUCACAUCGGAGGAAAGACGACACGAGUCAAAGACAUUCCCCAGUGGCUGCUUCCCCUCGCUGGCCACUGGUAGACGCACUUCCGAAGAACAGUGGAAACAACUCGCCGAAGGAGGAGACUUCUCCAGUGCGGCGGCCCCAGCCCCUGAUGCAGCCCGGGUUCUCGUAUAUUUACCCAAAUGUGGACGGCAACGCACCUGCUGAGAAAGUUGUAGUUCGGCGCUAUUCUUUCCUGGGACCAUCCACUAAGCUCAUAUCAGACACAGCUCUGCCCUUCAAAGGUAAGCUCGAAUAUUUCGAUCGCCUGUCACGGGGAUCGACGCCAGAGCCUACUACUCCGUUCUCCCAUAGUCACAGAAGGGUUGGUUCUCCCCACAAAACGAGCGGCCAAGUUCAUAACGAGAAUAAAAAUAAACAAGAAGAGAGAAAUUCUGCAAGAACUGAACUAGCUAAGACACCAUCUCUUGCUAGGCUUCAGAGUAAACUUCCAGACUCUACUUCGUCAAAGAACACGCAUUUAUUGCAGGAAAACUCGCUUCACUCAAAAAACGUGAACAAUAGUGCUGCACCGACACGUAACAGAAGUACCCUUAACAACAAUGUUGUCAGUCUUGCAACUUCCCAAGCACCAUCCAACGAAAGGGUACACAGAAAGCACCAGAGUUCGCCUGGAGUCAAGAAGCCAGCAAUGUCAGGUAAUGAUCCCACACCUUCCCGAAGCCGUCACGUGCAAAUAAGAGGAAAUGAGAACAGAGGCCCACCACACCUGAGCCCAGUCACCGUUGCCCAAAUGAGGGUAAGCAAAGAUUAUUCUGGGGAGGACCAGAUCAGUGAAGCCACAGGUACAGUAAGUAGACUAAGCAGCUUUGCAGAAAUCAAGAAAAAAGAACGGAGCUCCAGACAUCAGGGUGAAAACAGUUUCAGAGUGUGUGUAAAAAAUGCAGAUAAUAUUGAAAGGAAACACUCACAGAGGAAAGCAAAUGAUGGAAAUCACAUCACUGUGUCCAAGAAUAAGUUAUUGCAUCAGGAAAGCAGUUCCACUGUUCAUAAUGGUCGUAAAAGUCUUGCAGUAGGUCAGUCCAAAAUCAGUGAUUCAGUAAACCAAAUUACAGAUUCGAUGUCUCAGCUAAAGAGAAGUUUAAGCAAGAAAGUCGGCCGGUCCCUGAGUCAGUCUUUUAGGAAGUCCAUCAGCAGAUCUCUAACCAAGAAGUAUAAGCGACAGUAUAACGAUGAUCAAGAUGCCUUACCAUACAAGCAACGCAAGAAUAGGCCAACGCUCUCUGACACUUUUAGCACCCUGAGGAGGAGCCAUGCGCUAAGUUCCAGCAAGACUCACUACAACAUGUUCUUUGGCGACACAAGUGCUAAGACUCGAGACAAGAAGGGUCCAGAAGCUCAAACUAUUUCUGAUAUUCACCGCUUCUUCCACAGUCAGGACACAGAGGGAGACUCGAGGUCCCAGAAGUCACAGAAGUCAUCGUCCCUGCCACACCCCAUCGACGCCUCUGUGAGGGAGGAGGUGUCCCUGCGUGAAAAACAUCCAGAGAAGUUCUGGACCUUCACCACCAGUGUUGUUCUUCCUGACUAUAAACCCAAGCAAGAUAAUGGAAACAGUCUUAUAUGUACCUCAGUCAUGACAGAAGUUAUACGCAUUAAGAAAUUAGAGAGUGACCAGUUGCUUGAGGAAUUAAAUCCAGGAGUGGAAUUAUCUAGCUCAAGAACAGUGAGCCCAGCUUGUGCAGCAGGAACCAACAGUAGAAUGCGUCUGCUACACUGGUCCUCCAUAGCCCGGAUGCCUCCCAAACAGGCUACAUGCAACUGCAAGCACCAUCGCCACCAGCGCAAGUUGGCGCAGCAGGAGACCAAGACGUGGGCGCAGGAGGAAGAUGAUGGUGUUAGUGUGAUGGUUCACCCUGACACACACAGAUCCUCAGACUCUUCCAUAGUUAACGGCUUCACCAAGGGUCCGAACGCCAAGAACAAGAAGCACAAGAAACUGAAGAAUGAGUCUGACGAGGCGUCUUGCCCUGGCGGAGACCUCCCGGAGAAGGAGAAGCCGAAGAAGAACAAGUUGGAAAAGUACAACAAGGAUAGGGACAUGGAAGCAGGAGGCGGCUACAGACCAAAAACUGAACCAUACACCUACCUGUGGGUGGUAAUGUCUGGCAUGUACGGCAAGCUUGUAGUCCUCCUUAUGCUCGCCUUCUGUCUCACAGAGGUCCUCCACAACACCGUACUUCCCUUCACCUUCCAGGGGGUCUUCCUUAUGUACCUGUACGUAGGAUCGAUUGUGGCUAUCAUGUGCAUCUACGUCUCUGUGAUCAUAGACAACUGUCCCUCCAUCACUACCAGCAAGGAGAAUCUCACCAAGCACGAGGACCCAGAGGUGGGCUCCAUUACUUCCUUCGGCACACUUAAGAGAGCCCACAUCUCCCGCUCCAAGACCUCCAGGACGUCCUUCUACCUCAGAGUUGGAGCCCUAGUGUUCGGACUGGGCACCCUGAUCUUCAACGGGCUGGAAAUCGCCAUGCAUUCCACCAUGAAGAGUGAGUGUGUCAAGGACAUCGUCUUCGCUCACCCUAUCCUUCAGGCACUCUUCACAUUCCUACAGAUGCACUUCCUCUUUGUUAACUCGGAGGUGAUCGUGGAGAAAUUCGGUCAGGUUGCCAGGUUCGGCUUCAUGCACCUGGUGGCCACCAACAUGGCCAUCUGGAUUAGAAUGGUGGUGUGGGAGUCAGCAACAGUCUGGAUCCAGGACACUUAUUCUUACAAGCCAGUGGUGGAGGUGCCACAACAGGCGGAGCAGGUGCUCAGGCUGUACUCCUGUUUCCAUAACAACACCCUGGGUCGCCUCUGGACUGAUGCUCAGCCUUACCUCUUUCCCUUCCUCGUCCAGUACAGCUUGAUAGCGGCGGCUGUGACGUACAUAAUGUGGUGCAACGUAGGUAAGGAGAAGCUGAAGAAGCUGAGUCACCUGGGCAAGGCUGGCAUGGACACUUCCACCACCCUGGACAAGCGUGGCGUCAGGAAGGGCUACUGGAAGGUUGACUGUAGGUCGGCUUCGAAGGGACUCUUUCUGGGUCUACUGUGUCUGGUGGGUGGUGUGGUCAUCCUCAUCAUUUUCUUCGUCAUGAAGGACCAAGAGGACUUUAAAACCAAAAUGUUCUGGAUGUGCAACGGUACUCAGAUGAUCAUCCUCUCUCUCUCCAUCAUUAGCACCACCAUUGGCUUCCUGCAGCUGCCCAAGCUCUCAGUCUCCACCACCAAGCCUCUUGACCUCGACCGCCUCCUCCUCUCCUCCACUAUUAUCGGAGUGUACAUCUUCUCCGUCUUUGGGAUGAUCGUGGGAGGUAUCAACUACACCAAGUCUGAGUACCUGGCAACAUUCUGUGUCAACGCACUCCUGUUUUUGCAAGUAUCGCUGCAGGACAUGCUGGUUGCUGAAGCGAGUCGACGAACUUGCUCGUCCAGAUACCAGAUGUUGACCAAACCAGGUCGGCAGGUGAUCACCUUCCUCUUGUUUGCUAACAUCACCUUGUGGAUCCUGGAUACCUUCAUGACGCACACAAGUGUCUCGCAACAGUUUCAGUUCGGAUUUUAUGGAGUGUUAGCUUGGGGUAUUAUCUCCCGCAUCUCCCUCCCGCUUCUCAUUCUGUACCGUUUCCACUCUGCUGUCAUCCUGGUGGAGAUCUGGAAGAACACUUAUAGAACUAAAGCUGCCUAGGAGGAG